AUGCCAUCGCCGAAGAUUAAUCGUAAAGGAAGCAACGAGAAGAACAAGAAGGGAAGGUUAUCUGAAAAAGCUAUGUCGUUUCACGACAAAAAUACUGGUGCAGUGGCGGAGAUGUUGCCGAGGCCAAGAACGGUGCCGGAUUUGCUGGCUAGGAAAAAAGAUGUGGUGAGUUCGACUGAUUUGGGGGUGGCGCAGGGAAAGCCGAAACUGACGAAGUUGCUUCUUAACGUGACGAUUCAGAGGAGCCUUGGAGCUUUACAGGUUUUGAUGUCGCCGGAUGCAACGGUGGAUGACUUGAUUAAGGCCGCUCUACGACAGUAUGCGAAAGAAGGCCGGCGGCCGAUUAUCUCCUCGGCCGAUUCAUCUGGCUUCGGUCUCCAUUAUUCCCAGUUUAGCUUAGAAAGUUUGGACAGGAAGGAGAAGCUAAUGGCGUUGGGGUCAAGAAAUUUCUUUCUAUGCCCAAAGGGGACGACUGCUGCAGCAGCGGCAAGUGGCAGCUCCGCCGCGAACAUGGCUGCCUCUUCCAGUUGUUCAAAGGAAGCUGAUGAUAAACCUAUGAAGAAAUGGUUGCCUUGGCUCAGAUUCAUGGAUAAUUGA